AUGACAAGUGAAGGAGUUAGAGAAUCUGUUGCAAGAAAUCUUUGUUAUACUAGAUUGAAUAAUAUAUAUUUCAAUAAUGAUGAAAAUAAUGUUGAUAGUUGUAAUAAUGGUGAUAAUAAUACUAGUAGUGAUAAUUGUAGUAAUAAUGAUAGUAGUUAUGAUAGUAAUAACAGUAAAGUUAUUAGUGGUAAAAGUAAUUUGUAUGUUUAA